AUGAGCGCAACCAGGGUCAUGCUCGUAAGGUGCACGCUGUCUAUGCUCCUGGGCGCACAUGCCUUCGUCGUACCACAACCGCCGUGCAUGAUCUCCGCAUCUGAUCCGCAGUACAGACCUGUUGGGCUCGAAAAGAUCGGAAAGCCGGCUCCCCCCUUCGCUACGUUCACAUCGUCGAGCUCAAGCGUCGACGCUACGUUCAGAGACCUUGCGAGGAUUGUGAUUGCCGAGGUAGGAGACUCCAUGGAACAGCAGCAGCAGCAGCGGUGCGCAAUGGCCAUUGUGUACUUUUCGAGGGAGGACGAGGCUUCACUCCAGGAUCCGAUGCGCCAUGUUCUGCAGGAUGAUGCCGGAGAGAUUGAGAUCGCCCUGGCCAGGCUCCAUGACAGUCUUCCUUUCGUCGACGACGUAAUCGCAUCCCCAGCCCGGGCAACAACCGUGUCGCAAAAAAACCAAAAUCAGGGCGCACGAAACGAGGAGCCGGCCGCCGCCGUCACCGCCACGCUCGCCCUCUUCCACAACCCGGGCCUGGACGCCCGCCCCUUCGUGUUGAACCCGGCGCGCGAGCUCGGUCUGCACGGGGACCGGCUCCUCCAGGAAGACGAGAUCGGUGCCUACGUCGGCGAGUCCCUCGAGAGGAGCGCAAGCCGCUACGGCGGCGGCGAAAAAGUCAGCCAAGCCGUCGAAGCCGGCGGUAGUAGUGGUCCGCGUGGUUACCACAGGACGAUGUGCCUGGCCUUCAGCGGCGGCGAGGGGGGUGCCGUAGAAUCAGAGCCGAGCGACCCGUGCACGUCGACCCUGCACCGCCUCAACGGGAUCCUCGGCGACGCGGGAAGAAGAGAGAGCGGAGCCGGCAGCAGCAGUAGCAGUAGCCGAUGCCCUCUCGUGUCCACCGUGGCGGCGGCGGGCUACCCCGCGUACGCCUCCGUCCGGGACCCCGACUCGAGAAAGCGCGUGACGGUGGCCGCGGAGGCGGUGGGGGCGAUACUGACCUGCCUCCCGGACAGCGAGGCGUCGCUCCAUCUCGUCCACGCCGGGAACGACAUUGCGCUCCGGGGCUCGCAGUUCCGUGUGGCGAGCGUGUGGGGCGGCGAUAUCGCCGAGGUGGUGCCCGUGGAGUCGAAGCAGACGGAGGCGGCAACGGGGGUCCCGACGCUGGACGGCGGAUUCGCGGGCGGCUGCGGGGCGGGCGCCGGCGACUCUCUCUGGCAGCGUCCCCGCUGGCCUUGCGGGGUCAUCAGCGCCGCCGAGUGGUGCAAGCAGGUCGUCUCCGCCUCCACCCGCUUCGAGAAGCUCGCCAUACAGAGCGCGCUGGGCGUCGGCGUUCUCCAGCGGGCGGGUGCCCGCGAGGGGGCGGCGGCUCUCGGACAAGCGGGGGGUACGCCGGCGGGGGUCGCGCGGAACCUGCCCGCCCACGGGUGCCUGUCCGUGACGGAGGUCAAGGCCGACGAAUCGAUCAGCUUGGCGCGCAGCGGCAGAGGGGAGCAGGACGACCGCCGGAGAGGGGACGGCGGCAGCGCGGGGGUGGAGUGUGGCGUGCGCCCGGGCGAUCUGUGCGACAUCCGCGCGAUCGGGGUGAUGGCCGCGAUGCAGGCCGAGCAGGACGCCUACUCGUGGCUGCGAAUCGCAAGGCUGUCGGUGCUGAUCCAGGGCGCUACGGGCGAUAGGGAGGCGUCUUCGGCGACGGCAGCCGCAGCCCCUGUCUUUCACGGAUGCCUCACCGCGGGGACGCGGGCGAGGUGCACUCCGGGAGCGGAGGCCGAGAGCUGCGAGGAGCUCGUGCGCGUCGCCGCCGGCCAUGGGUCGCUGUGCCCGACCGCUGGCAUGGUUGGCGAUGCCCAGCUGGUCUCGGUCGACAACGUGAUGAUGACCUGCUCCCACGGCGUCGGCAUGUCGAGCGUGUACGUCUGUGGGGUUGCCGGCGAGCAAGAGUCUAGCGCCGCCUCCUCCGUGUAA